GUGGUGUUUAACAUUUGUUAAUUUAACUGCUGUACUAUAAAUUUGUGUUCGACCCUCGACGAGCGCUUUCGAUAUAGCAUCACCCCUCUUGCUAAAUCUCACUAAUGUUCCCAGGGACUCUUCAUGCUCUAACUUGAAAUAGACUCAGUCCUUGGAUCUCCGAGGAUCCUUCGGCCGUGCUUUAGACGGCAGACGUCACCUAUCUUCUUUCUGUAUCAAUUCUCAAUAUUUCAAGACUCGCGGGGUUAUCAGCCUGAAUUGCAGGUUAUGUCUACCAGGAAAAACUUGGUGGACGGUUCUAGGAGGACGAUUCUUGCCAAGGAGACAUGUUUCCAUGGAUUCUGUGAGCCCUUUGUGUCUGCUUAGCAGAGGAAGAGAUAACUAUGGUAGGCUGUGUCGCCUACUUGUUGGGGUUGGAAAUUUUGUGCUAACAGAUCUCUUUGACAGGAUGUGCCCACCACUAAAACUGAACACAAUUUUAAAUGAUGCCCCAAGUUGUAACAAACUACAAAUUCUUCGAAUCAAAGGUGUCUUGAGUAUGAGCCAGUGGCAGAAACUAUAUCCAGCAGUCAAAUCAUCAGUUAACUCCAAAGACUUUAGCCCUUCUCUACAGCUACUUCUGCUGAGCAGUUUUUUUGGUCUGAAACUCCCUGCUAGUGGCCAAGGCAACUUUCUCCCAGGGACAGAUACUUCUCCGGAAGCUGGAAUUGCCUAUAUCAAAGUACUUGGAGACAAAGUCUACUGUCAUUCUAAUAGUGGUUCAGUUGAUGAUAUAACGUUCAAUUCCUAUUGGGAGGAAAUUAAAUGCGUCUUUCUCCGGUUUGGAAGGGCUAGCUAUGAGGAUGAUAUUAAUGCUCUUAAAUUUGAAAAAAUGGAUGAUGAAGAUGCUGUUUAUCAUGGAGAGUGUCUCAGAGAGUGGAAAGUGCAAAUGGAGGGUUCCACUGACAUUUCUGAACAAAACUCAGGCAGGGAAGAAAAUGGAUCAGCAGGGAAUUCCAUGGUCAGCCCACCAAAGCUAACUGUUACAAUUCCAAUGAUUAGUGAGCUUCCUGAAACCUCUCUUCUUUUGAACAAUGCUGAACUUCCAGUCGAUAUCCUAUUAUUCACCGUGGAAAACGUAGAGUUUGCAUCUUGUUUUGCCUACCUGGAAGAACCCAUGAAGUAUUACCGAAUCGAUACUGGCUAUGUAUACAUUGGUUGCAUGACUUAUAAUAAGGAACACAGCCUUAAAAUUGCAUUAAUGAAAUGCUCCAAAGGUUCUAUUGUUCCUGGGGGUUCUUUGUCUGCUUCACAAAUAGCCAUCUCACUUUUGAAGCCCAAGGCAUUAUUUUCUGUGGGUGCAUGCAGUGGUGUGGACAAAACAAAGGUCAAGCGGGGAGAUGUAAUUGUCUCAUCAAAGCUGAUAACGGUUGCACACAAAGUUCCACCUAGCAGAAAUAUUUGCAACCUAAUCAGAAAUAUUGCUGACGGAUGGAAAGCGCCUGUGGAAAAAGAGGAUGGAAUUAAUCCCGUGGUCCACUGUGGAGCGCUUCUGAGUAUCUCAGAGGAAAACAAGGACAUAAUUGACCAAAAUCGUGAAGCAAUUGCAGUUGAAACAGAAGGUGCAGGUUUUUUUACGGCAGCUAAUGAUUUGAAAAUGGAAUGGCUCAUAGUAAAAGGGAUCAAAGACUUUGUAAAUGAUAGCCAGUCUUGCAAUGAGAAGUGGAAAGAAUUUGCCUCUGUGAUGGCAGCAUCUGUUGUGGCCAACUUAUUGAGAGAUCCAGUGAUAUUCGAAGAUUGGCCUCACUUUAGUGCAGCCGCAAGUUCCUCGUCUGUAGCGUUAACAGCAUCUGACAGCAAGUGCACAAUUUUAUAAUUCCUUUGAUCACUCCUAGAGUACCCUUAUGAUCGCGCGUUUCUUUGUCAGAAAAUCUGAAAAGUUCUUUAAAAAAUCUAAACGGCCCUUGCCUCCCAUCCUCCUUUCCUCCCUCCUCCCUCUCCCAUCCGAGAAAACCAUUGCAAACUUUUUGCAACUUUGUAAACUUCUUACGCAAUAACGCAAAACAUUUCACUUGUAAAUGUUGUCAAGUUAUUACUUUUAAGCCAGCACUAUGGUAACAUGUUGGAGUAGUGUACUUUUCUUCUUAUUGUGGAAAUAACAUGUCCAGCAUAUAUGGUUACAAAUUAUGACCUACAUCAUCUUAAAGCGUUAUCCUUGUAGUUCGUCUCUUCCUAUUUGAUAUCUUAGCCCGUCAUAAAGCGGCGCAUACAGAUUGAAACGGGCGCGGAUCCUUACCGGUUUCUACCGUUUUACGGAAAUCGGUCAGAAUUUUCGUAAUAAAAAAAUUGAUAUGUAUAUAUUUUUUAA